UUCAUGGCAUCUAGGAACCAAGGGUCUGCCCCAAGGGCAUUAGUUGUCGAGGAUAUCAAAGUUGAUUGUGUGAUUCUCAUGCAUAUGUUGCACAAACUUAACUACGUGGCUACUGCUGUUGAGAAUGGAAAAGAAGCUAUUGACCUUUUUGUGGAAGGGAAAACAUUUGACAUUGUUUUCUUAGAUAAGGAUAUGCCCAUAAUGCUAGGUCCUAAGACUGUGGCCAAGAUCCGUGCCAUGGGAGCUACUAAGGUGAAGAUUGUUGGGGUCUCAACAGAUUUUGGUGCUCGGGAGGCAUUCAUGCAAGCUGGUGCUGAUGUGUUUGUGCCCAAACUGAUGAAGCUUGAGACUCUUGAGGCUAUGCUCCAAGUGGUCAUUAGCAAGAAGAACAUGAGCAGCUAGCAACAACUUGUAGCAACAACAUAAUAUUUGCUUGUGGAAUAUUAUUCAAAUUUGAUGCUUCAUUAAAGAUUAUUUGCUUUGUUGGGACGAGAGAACUCUACAAGUUGUAAUGGUU